AUGACAUCCAGGCCUUUGGAUUAUGACAACUUAAAUGACAAUGUUAAGAAGUGUCAAUAUGCUGUUAGAGGUGAGCUCUAUCUUCGGGCUUCUGAGCUUCAGAAGGAAGGGAAAAAGAUCAUUUUCACAAAUGUUGGGAACCCUCAUGCUCUUGGCCAGAAGCCCCUGACUUUCCCUCGCCAGGUGGUUGCACUCUGCCAAGCUCCAUUUUUACUUGACGAUCCAAAUGUUGGGCUCUUGUUCCCUGCAGAUGCAAUUGCUAAGGCUAAACAUUACCUUGCCAUGGCACCCGGAGGACUAGGUGCUUACAGUGACUCUCGUGGGAUUCCUGGGGUAAGAAAAGAAGUGGCUGAGUUCAUUGAGAGACGAGAUGGUUAUCCCAGUGACCCGGAGCUUAUUUUUCUCACUGAUGGUGCUAGCAAAGGAGUUAUGCAGAUUUUGAAUGCUACUAUUCGUGGUCAAAGUGAUGGGAUAUUGGUUCCUGUUCCCCAGUAUCCACUCUACUCCGCAACAAUAUCAUUACUUGGUGGUUCUCUUGUUCCCUACUACCUUGAAGAGACUGCAAAUUGGGGACUAGAUGUUGAAAACCUACGCCAGUCUGUUCAACAAGCUCGCUAUAAAGGAAUAACUGUCAGAGCGAUGGUGAUAAUAAACCCUGGAAACCCAACUGGACAAUGCCUCAGCGAAGCAAAUCUCAAAGAUGUGCUUAGAUUUUGUUACCAAGAAAAUCUAGCAUUACUCGCUGAUGAAGUCUACCAGCAGAAUAUUUACCAAGAUGAGAGACCAUUCAUAAGCGCCCGCAAGGUUAUGAUGGAUAUGGGACCGCCGUUGAGUAAAGAGCUCCAGCUGGUGUCCUUUCACACUGUCUCAAAAGGAUAUUGGGGUGAAUGUGGUCAGCGUGGAGGAUACUUUGAGAUGACAAAUCUUCAUCCAAAGGCUGUUGAAGAGAUCUACAAGGUGGCUUCAAUUGCGCUCAGCCCAAACGUCCCUGCCCAGAUUUUCAUGGGGCUGAUGGUCAAUCCUCCAAAGCCUGGUGAUAUCUCCUAUGAGCAAUAUAUUAGAGAGAGCAAGGGUAUACUCGAGUCUCUGAGAAAGAGAGCACAUAUAAUGACUGAUGGAUUUAACAGCUGCAGAAAUGUUGUUUGUAAUUUCACCGAAGGUGCUAUGUACUCCUUCCCUCAAAUUCGCUUACCACCAAAAGCAAUAGAGGCUGCUAAGGCAGCUGGAAAAGUUCCCGACGUUUUCUAUUGUCUUAAGCUUUUAGAAGCCACCGGCAUUUCAACCGUGCCUGGUUCAGGGUUCGGUCAAAAGGAAGGGGUAUUCCACCUGAGGACAACGAUCUUGCCUGCUGAGGAAGAUAUGCCUGCGAUCAUGGCCAGUUUCAAGAAGUUCAACGACGAGUUCAUGGAGCAGUACGAAGACCACAGAGGCUACUCAAGAAUGUAA